AUGCCCAGGGAGCGGCUCACGGCGCGCGCCGUCCGACCCGCCCCUCACCGCCGCCGUCCCUCGAGCACGCGCCGUCUCCUAACUACCACUGGGACUUCAAGCAGAGACUGCCUGCGAGUGCUGCCGCAGCACGCGCAGUCACGAACUCCCCUGAAGUGCCGCAACAGAAGCCGUCCCAAACGCCCUUUCUCCCCCCGCAGCCACAAGGAUCCCGUCUCCCAAACGCCCUUUCUCCCCCCGCAGCCACAAGGAUCCCGUCUCCCAAACGCUCUUUCUCCCCCCGCAGCCACAAGGAUCCCGUCUCCCAAACGCCCUUUCUCCCCCCGCAGCCACAAGGAUCCCGUCUCCCAAACGCCCUUUCUCCCCCCGCAGCCGCAAGGAUCCCGUCUCCCACCAUGGUGCCUCGUUAAGGUGACGAACUCCGACUGCGCCACAAUACGCCCGCCGCCGCGACCGACCAGCACCAACUGUCAACCGUUAACCGCCUCGAACCCCUCGCCUCAGGUGCUGGCUCCCCAUUGGCCAUUACCCGCGCGGACGCAGCUCGAGGGAAGGCCUCUGAUUGGCCGAGGGUGCUCUUCUCCCGGCGAGGGGGAAGACUGCCACGAGGCCGGGCCGUAUCCGGGGGCGGGGCUUGAGCGGCCCGGGGCGGGGCGCGCGCGGCCCGUGCUCUGCGGGCGGGAAACGGCCGCGGCGGGCCGGGGCUCGCUGCCGAGGCCUGCCGGGAGCGUGCAGCGGUGUCGUGUGCUGUGUUGUCUUCGUGUGUCAGCGUGGUCUGUACUGCUGUGGUGA